AUGGCCAGGAAAUCACAGCAACAGAAAGAGAAAGACAUACUCUUGCGAAUUUUGUUCGAACUACCCCCAUGGGGAAAUGUAGAAGCUUCGUUGGAAGUUAAGACAACUCAGUUGUAUCCAUACAUAAGCACAUCCGACUUUCUUGUUUUAGGCUUGCAGCUUUUAUUCCUUUUAAUGACAUUUUAUCGUCUCCUUUUUCUGGUAUUUUCAAUAUGUAAAGACAAUAAUCGGUCAAGAUACACGACUGAACACUUGGUUGAACUUAUGCGUGUUGGAUUAUGUAUAACUGCAAUAGUAUGCUAUAUAAUAAGAAUAGACAAGACUAUAUCAUCUAUCGAGGCGACAUACAACACUAAAGAAAUAUUUGUUUCCUUUGAUGAUGUGAAUGUGUUUGAUACAUUUUACAGAAUGUUCAUGUCAACGGAAUUGUUUUUAGCAAUAGUGAAACUUUUACAACCACUUAGUCUAAAUUACCAACUGUUUGUGAUGCAGAAAUCUAUUAGUUCACACAAGAAUGAAAUACUAUCAUUUGGUAUAAUGGUUUGUAUUCUCAUGACAUCAUUUGCUGCUUUUAUGUACCUAUACGGUGACUGGACAUUAUAUAAAUUCAGAAGCGUUUUAGCUUCCUACUUGACAUUACUACAGGCAUUUCUGUCUAUGGUCCGGUUUAAAGAAGCUUUCCACACGACUGAUGUAGUCUUAGAAAGCAUGUUUACCCUUUUCUUGUUUUGUUCGUCAGUCCUUAUCAUAAACAUGUUCAUCUCGAUGCUUAAUGAAGGAUUUAAGACGGUCAAACAUUUCGGCCACACAAAUGGUGUUACAAAAUUUGAUAAAGACCUUAAUGAGCAUUUUUGGUGGAAAAUGGAGAAUUUUCGGGAAAUGUUUAGCUCCGCAGAUGAAACCCAAACAGAACGGAAAAGAAAAUACAUUCCAGAUAAAAAUGGAGUUACCAGAAAUUCUAUGAAACUGGAUAAUCAGGCGUAUGUAAUAUGUGAAACUGCAAUACGAGCACAAGAAGAAGAAAGAAAUUUCAAUUAUGUUUGCAACACUUUAUCUGCAUUGAUGAAAUGAAUCUGGCAAUAGUUUUAGUGGACAUUUAA